UUAAAUUACUAAUAGACUGCUAUUAACUAGAAGCCUUACUGCUAGUCAAUUAACACAUAUUUUACAUAUGUAUUAAAUAUCGUAUCCUUACAAUAAAGUAACCUCCAGAAAAGAAAAUGUUACUAAGAAAAUCAUAGAGAAAAUACACGUACAGUACAGCACUCUAAAAAAUCCAGCUAUAAGUGGACCUGUACAGUUGAAAACUGUGCCGUUCAAGGGUCAACCGUACUAAUAUGUUUCAUGGUCUCAAAGUCCUAGGCCUGUACUAACAACCUUCUCUCCAUCUGUAGACCCUCCUCACAUUUCUGUUCACCUCUCCCAGGCUUCAAAUGGCGAGAAGAUAGAGUAACAACAUAACAUGGCCUUUGACUUCAGACAGAGCUAGAAUUACUAUUCCUGGCCUAUAGUAAGGACUCAGUGAAUGGUAGCUACUGUUAUUGAUUACAGGCUAACAUUUACCGAGCAUUUACUGUGCCCCAGGGCUGUUCAUUUUUCUCUUUUAAGAGUUUUAGGGGAACUGAGUAAAUAGUUAUACCUGCUUUACUGAGAAGAGAAGUGUAGGUGUAGAGGGGGUAAAUAACUUGCCCAAGAUCAUAGGGCCAAGAUCAGAGGCGUCUGGCCAGCGCCAGAGUUCCGGGUCAUUGCGGCAUUCCACUUCCUCUCCCGGCCCUUGAACACCCUUUCCCUCCACUGAGCUCUCGCACAGUGCAGUCCCUGCUCUUAGAGUUGCAGGGCCCUCCUCUUAACCGGGGCCUCAGCUCUCCAGGGGCCUCAGCGCUGCAGCCAGCCAGCCGCCAGAUGACUAAUUCCCAGCCCACACGAUGCAAAGUCAAACAAACCUUAUGACCUGCUUUUCAGGCCCGAGGCCUCGUUAUUCUCUUCUAGGCGAACCUCCAAUGUCUUACAAACGUUUUAGGUUUUAGAACCUAAAAAAAUGUGUGCGCUGGGGAAAGGGGAAAGAGGAGUGUUGGGCCACCAGUCGUGGGUACGUCUCAGCGGUGAAUAGAACGGCUCGUCCCUAGAGCCAUCCGGCGCCUCGUACCUCACAGCUGCGAGCAGGAAGGACAGGCGCGUGAACAUCUUUUUCUCACCGUCCACUGAAAGGAUUAUGCCACAGCACCCGAGCCCCAGAGGCGGGUGGCUCCUGCGCCUGCGCAGUGGGCGGCGCGGGUGCAGGUGCGCUUGCGCAAAGCUCGACUUCUCGCGCUUCUUCAGAGGCCGGGAAGUCAGCGGUAGCUGACUGGGCUGUGUUGGCGACGUCGACGACGACGGAGCCGGAGCGAGGCGAACGGGUGACAGUUGUUGGGGGUUGGGAGCCUGAGGGUUAAAGUUGCGUGUCGUGUUGGCCCGAGGGCCAAGAAGGGAAAGAGUGUAUUGUCUCUAGUUACCAAACUGCCCCAGUCCCUGGGUCAGGAGAGGUGGUUGGAAAGAGAAUGUAGGCCUGACUGGACCGCUCAGGAGUGGCCAAAAUAGGCCCUCCUUGCCUCCAUUUGAGCUAGUGGCCUUUGGGGGCUGUGUGUGUGUGUGUGUGUGUGUGUGUGUUGACUGAACAAACUUUUUGCAUGUCGACGCUGCCAACCACCUAACUGCCGUUAGAGUCCAGUUAGAAGCUGGGGUGGGGGCACCUCAGCAUCCCCGGCCCUCCGGUCUGGGGGAGGAUGUCUCAUUUUUGUUGAUUUUGUUUGCAUGGCACUCAGAAACGUAAUGACCCUUGUAAGCCCCACUCUAGGUUCAUGGUGUGAGUUGCGUUGGUAUUUCUGUGCGGAGAAAACGUCGUGUAACCUCAGUUUUGCUUCCUAGAAUGACAUCAAGAAUAUUUUCUAAAGGGCCCGCGAUAUCCGGCUUCAAGCCCAAGAUUUGGAAACAAAGCAGAGGCAGUCCCUGCCCUUAUGUUUCCCCAUUUUUAUUUCUUUAAGUGAUAUUUGGAAAUUUGUUCACCUCAGUAUGAUUUGCGGUGUUACUUAGUUGUUUCCUCACUGGAUAAUGAAUUUAGGAGCAGAGAUUACCUUAUUUAGGUUUGUAUUUUGCCUUUUCAUGUAAUAGGUGUUUGUUGCAUUAAAUUGGGAUUGAAAUAUAUUAGGAGGAGGCUAAACAUGGAAAAAAAAUUGCAACAAAUUUUGUUGUAGAAGAAAAAACAAAGAAAAACCUUGUUUCACUUGUUGAAAUUAUAUAGAUUGAGUAGAAAUUUAUUAUUGCAAUUAAUCUGGAUAUUGAGGCCUUAGUCUUUGGUAUUCUGUAAUACAGGGAUCUCCAGUUAAUGGCCAAAGCAAGUGAUCUGCACAGUGUUUUAAAGUGAGUUGGAGCGUGUUCUCACGUGGUUAGUUCACUUGUGUAGGUUUCCUCCCUGGCCUUGCGAGCAUAUCAGUUUGCCAGUGUUGUAGCCAUUUCCCUCUUUUAUAAAUCUGGUUCAGCAUCUUCAUUGUGGGUUUUUGGUUGUGAAACAUGUUAUGUGGACUGUGUGGAAAAAAAAAAUGUAUGUUUAGGCAGCAAGGUUAUAGCCACCUCAGUCGUAACCAAUUUUGAACAGAGUUGGAAAAAUGGAUCAUGUUGUAAAUUCUUAUUCGGGAAGCAGGGUUCUGUAAAGUGUUUACCUUAUUUUGAAGCCAUAGUGUUAAAUCAAAAUUUCAGUAAUUAGUAGGCUGAGAAUUUGAUUUUUUCGUUGAUAUAAUGUGAAUUGCAUAUUUCUUGGAAGGUUUAGUCAACUUCAUUUGUAAAUUUGGAGUGCUAAAGACAAAGUUACAGAUUUUAAUAUUGAAGGAAAUGAAGAGAAACCUAAAUGAAAAUUCAACUCGAAGUACAGCAGGCUGUUUGCCUGUACCAUUGUUCAAUCAGAAAAAGAGGAAUAGACAGCCAUUAACCUCUAAUCCACUUACAAAUGAUCCAAGUAUCAGUACUGCUUCUGACAGUUAUGACUUCCCUCCUUUACCAACAGAUUGGGCCUGGGAAGCUGUGAAUCCAGAGUUGCCUCCUUUAGUGAAAACACUGAACACAGGGCAAAUGCCACAUUCAGUUUCUCCUCCCCUGAGAAGUCAAGAUUCUAUGUCUAAGUCUAUUCAAUCUAUUCAAUCAAAUACUGAAAGAAGCAAGAGUGGUUGGAGCUACAGAGAUGACAACAAAAAUACUAGCUGGAAAACUUGGGAUAGAAAUGAUUUUAGGCCUCAAUGUGAAAGGACAAACUUAGUGGCAAAUGAUAGAAUAAAUUCUUGUCCAAGGAGUUGGGGAGCUCAACAACAGAAACAGUUGAAAAUACCCGAACCUCCUAACUCAUCUCAUCAAAGAGAAACUGAAGUACUCAGAGAAACACAUUCAUCAAAAAUACCUGGCUCCACAAUGAGAGGUCUAGACAAAAACAGUGCAUUACAGGCAUUUAAGUCUAAUUUUCAACAAAACCAAUUUAAGAAGAAAAUGUUGGAUUAUAUUCCAGAAGAAAGCACUCUCAAGGAAGACUCAUUGUAUCAGUUAAAGCUUAAGGAAAAAGAUAAUUCUUUAAGAAUUAUAUCUGCAGUGAUUGAAAGCAUGAAGUACUGGUGUGAACAUGCACAGAAAACUGUACUUCUUUUUGAAAUAUUGGCUGUUCUUGAUUCAGCUGUUACACCUGGUCCGUAUUAUUCAAAGACUUUCCUUAUGAGAGACGGGAAAAAUACUCUGCCUUGUGUAUUUUACGAAAUCUGUCUGGAACAGGGCAAGAUGAGAGUGUGUUUGAUGUCCUCAUGGUCCGCUCUGAGUAAAGCUGUUGAAGAUAUGAGAACAGUCUGCCGAUGCCAGCAGUCACCCAGUGUUGCCAGCAGAACUUGAUGGUAAACAUAGGGCAAGCAACCCACUGUUGAGUUCCAAGGCCCUGAAAGUAUUUGAACAGUUGAAGAAGCCUUGCUGGGAGCAGUGUGGUUGAGACCUGGCAUUACAGUUAAUGGGGAACUAAAGGAGAACAAAAUCUUUUGAUAGGAUUAAAUCUCUUGAUGGAGUCCUAUGAUUUCCAUUUCACUGUGAUCUAGAGAAUGAAAGUAUGCUCACAUCUGGAGAGGGGACACAAUCCAACU